AGCACCAAUGUCGGUAAGUAGAGCCCUGCAACAAGCCCAGUCGGCGCAGCAUACUAACGUUCAGUUCCAACCCAUCAACCCCAAGCCGUUUCUCAAAACACUCAUUAACAAGCCCGUGGUGGUCAGAUUGAAGUGGAACCGUACCGAAUACAAAGGCACGUUAGUGUCGGUGGACAACUACAUGAACCUCCAGCUCGAGGACACCAAGGAAGUUGAUGGUGACAAGGAGGAGCCUAUCGGAGAAAUAUUCAUCAGAUGCAACAACGUGUUGUUUAUCCGAGAAGGUAAGACGGAGGUGAAAGAAGAGAGCUGAGCACAAGAGUUCGGGGAUUGGAAAGCAGGAUCCUUCCAGCUAGCGUCAUGUAAAUUAGUCAAGAUUUCAAUAGAAAGUAAUGUACGAAGUAUGUCAGACAAAUGUAG